UCUGGCCUAAAUAAGAAUCUUUGGAGAAUGGCCUACUAUCUAUAGACUCUUGCCCCUGAUCUUUGCCUCUGGUUUUGUUGGUGAAGAUAUUACAGUGAUGUCUGCAUUCAACCUGCUGCAUUUGGUGACAAAGAGCCAGCCAGUAGCCCUUCGAGCCUGUGGGCUUCCCUCAGGGUCAUGUAGGGAUAAAAAGAACUGUAAGGUGGUCUUUUCCCAGCAGGAACUGAGGAAGCGGCUUACACCCCUGCAGUACCAUGUCACUCAGGAGAAAGGGACCGAAAGUGCCUUUGAAGGAGAAUACACACAUCACAAAGAUCCUGGCAUAUAUAAAUGUGUUGUUUGUGGGACUCCAUUAUUCAAGUCAGAAACCAAAUUUGACUCCGGUUCAGGUUGGCCCUCCUUCCAUGAUGUGAUCAGUUCUGAGGCAAUCACACUCACAGAUGACUUUUCCUAUGGGAUGCACAGGGUGGAAACAAGCUGCUCUCAGUGUGGGGCUCAUCUUGGGCACAUUUUUGAUGACGGACCUCGUCCGACCGGCAAAAGAUACUGCAUCAACUCAGCAUCCUUGUCUUUCACACCUGCAGACAGCAGUGGAGCGGAAGGAGGCAAUGGUGUCAACAGCCCAGGCCCAGCAGACAGAGCAGAGCUGUAGAGAGCAUGGAACACCAUGAGAAACAAAGUGUACUUAAUGCACCGCUUAUUAAAGAAAUCAAACUUGUUUUACCUUAAUAGAUAUAUUUUUUCAAAAACUAUAUAAGGGCAGUUUUAUGCUAUUGAUAUUUUUCCUUCUUUUGCUCAGAGGUCCUGCCCAUCUAUGUAUUUUGCUAUUGACUAGAUAUGAAACUUCAUAGCUUUUGCAAAUGGAGAUAGCUUUGUGAAAUUUCUUCACAAGCCACUUUAAUCGCCUUUAGUAUUAUUUUCUUUGAGCACAUGCCUUCUUUUUGUGUUUUGAUGCAUCCCCUCCCUUUCCCCAUUGUUUAAGAAGAGAGGCAGAAGAUGCUUAUUCUUCAACCCUGCUGGUCAGGGUGGUGAGCAGGGCUGGGAGGUACAGGGCCUCUGCACACGUGGCUGAAGGCUUUUGUGCAGAUCUUCCUGAGAUAAGGAUGAGUGAUAGCUUGGGAGACUUAGCUUUGUGGAAAGUUUGAGCUAAGGUCUUUUUUUUCCCCUCUCUACAAGGGUGUGAAGGUCUAAAGUCUUUCCUUAUGUUAAAUUGUUGCCAGAUCUGAGGGAGUGUACUGAGUAUUGUGGCAAAGAACUAAGCAUCGGCUCACAGGCCUUCGUUUUAUUAUUUUAUUUAUUUUGUUUUAUUUUAUUUUCCAUUUGAAAACAUUGGAAUGUAAGACAACUAUAAAAUGUUGAACCCCAUUUUGUCCAAAGUUCACAAAGGAGAACACCUGCCUGUUUGCCUUUUAUAAGACUUUCUUUCCACACCUAAUACCAGCUGCAGCUGGAAGGGUAUUUGGUAAAUUCCCCUAUGUAAAAUAAAAUACCAGGGACAACACACUUCAUCAAAGCAGCAGAAAGUGAGAGAACAGAGAAGAGUAAGCAUAAAGUCUUGAGCACUAUGAAAAAUUGAAGGGAUACUCCAUACAACAAAUACAACCCAGUGGGGACAUAGUACACCGAUCUUCAGGCGACCUGUGGGAAAACAUUGGGCAUCAAAAUCAGUAGAACAAGGCCUGAGUUCUGUGCUUCAUUGAAAUCAGUAGAACAAGGCCUGAGUUCUGUGCUUGACCCUAAUCUGCUGUGUGACAAGCCAUGUAAGCCUCUUUGUGCCUAUUUCUUCAUUUAUCAGCAAAGACUUACAAUAUACAUAAAAUGUCUUGAUAUUCUCAGGGCAAAAUUACUAUAUUACUAUACAGUUAAGACAAGUGUUAUAAAAUCACAUGAUUCUGAUUCUUACUGCCUCAGAGGUGGAAGCUUAGAGUUGAAAUAGAGAAAGAACACAGAUUGACUUAACUUAUGGGUAUGAAAACAGUUGGACCAAGAACCAGAAAUUUUUGUUGAUAGCAACACAGUUGGCUUCAUGUUGAGAAGUUCUGCUCAGUUGCUUUAUAACAUUUAAUCUGGUGGAAUGGUAUCAUGGUGUGUAAAGUUUCCAUAGGUUUGAACAAUGGUGAUAGAAAUUGAUACUGUGGUAUCCCAGGUAUGAAAGUACAGUGUGUUUGUAACAUUGAGUGCUAAUCUUGAAAUGCAAAUGUUAAAAAAUAACUUUUAAAAUCUUUCAUAGUUUGUGAAGACAGACAUGGGAUUUUGUUGUUGUUGGGUUUUUUUGUUUGUUUGUUUUUUGUAAAGCACCAAAAAAGGGAUCCUUGACAAUUGUAAAGACACAAUGAGAAAUGAAAAGCAUGAUGUAUCUAAAUAUCUAAAAGCAAGAGUGGCCAUGUCUAGAUGCCUCCCACACUUUUGUAAGCAUCUCAGGGAGGCCCUUGAUGUUUGUCCACUCUGCUUUGUCAAGCAAUCCCAGAGGACUUAGGUUCAGAUAAGUGUACCGAAUCCAAGCAUUCAGAUGCUACCUUAGCCCACAUGAUUCACCUCAGGCCCUGAGGUCAUUCUGAAACUCAUAAGCUUUGCUCCCCUCUAGAACUAAGGUAUAAAGUUUAAGACCAGACAGACCAUCAGUGUCUGGACAAUCCUAAAAGUCUUCCCAACUUCACAAUAAUGCAAAGAUACCAUGUGGCAUGGCUAAAGAAGGGAAUGGAUUUUUCAAAGCCUUGUUACAGCCUGUUCUUAAUCCUUCACAGAGGUCCACACAGCGCUUCUCCACUUCCAGCUAUAUGGCUGGGUUGGGGUAGAUGAGGAAGAUAAAUGAAGGGCUCUUCCCUCUCCCCAAAGACUCUGGGCUGUCCUUGUUCCUGCCCCUUUUACAGUUGGAGUUAGCAUUGCCCUCAAAAAAUAGAAAACAAAUGUAAAAAUAAAAACAGCUUCCUGUCUGUUUAUUGUCUUUUUCUUAAGGAAAGUCAUUUGUUUUUUCUAUAAGAAAAAGAACUAUAAGAAAAAUGCAACAUCCAUUGAAGGGGGUAAAAAGUAGGGUGUAUGCAUAGAGUUUAAUUCCACAUUGCUUUUGGGCUUAAGUGGUAUCAGAUUUCAGUAUAUUUCUGUCUUAUGUUAAAGAAAUAUAUUACUAAAUGUCAGUGAGCAAUAAUGUCAGUUCUCGAGAACUAGAUUUAUUUUUGUAGGAUAUGGAGUGCAAUGAACUGAGUCAAUAUGGCAAGGUGUAUGUGAUCUGUGGGAAUUAUGCCAUUUAGCAUAAAAAAUGCAUGGGACUUUCUCUUCCUGCAUUCCAGCUCUUUCUUUGUCAUGGGAUGAUGCAGACUUUUUCUAGUAAGCAGAAACUAUGGUCAUACAGCCAUACAGAAUGGAUCUGAAGAAAGCAGAAGUAAUCGAAGGUGAUAGAGAACAUUUCUGUGUAUUAAGCUUUUCACUUCUUAAAUGCAUUUAAAUUCUUACAACAUACCUAUUUGAAGACCUUUCCAUGUUCCUUGUGUUUAAAAUGUCUUGCUUUAAAUAUGAAAAAAAAUAAUGAAAGAGGGAGUAUUAUUUGUUUUGAAGGUCUAAUGUUAUUCUUGACUUUUCCUUUGUAAUAUUCUCCAGAUCAAAACUUUUGGAAAAUUAAGAACCCCCUUUCCUAUGUUUGUUGUACAUGGAAGUUAUAUAAUAAAAACUUCUUUAUAAAAUA